AUGGGUUCACCAGUUUUCAACUAUGCUGCUGAUCAAGACUCAGUGCUUCAAGUGACCCAAGAUGCCUACGCCAAUUGCAGCAUCCAAGCGCCAAUCAAACAGUACUCCGAUGGCCAUACUGUUUUCCAGUUUGACAAAUCAGGGGCUUACUAUUUCAUCAGUGGAAACAAAGCCCAUUGCCUCAAAGAUGAGAAGCUGGUGGUGGUUGUUUUGGCUGAUAGAACCAAUUCAACCACUUUGCCUCCUCCACCCUCAGCUCCGUCGCCUGCGCCACCAAAUGAUCAAACUUGGCCGCCUUCUCCUUCGCCAUCAGGGUCUAAUGAAACCAACCCGUCUCCGCCGCCGCCGACGGUUGAGAUCAGCCCAUCUCCUGCGCCUUCUGGCCAAGAGGCUCCACCUCCGACGGUUGAGAUCAGCCCUGCUGCUCCUAUAUCGCCACCUCCGAGUCUUGGAUAUUCGAUCAUUCCGAGCAGCAUUGGCUCCAUUGGAGCGUUUGUUGCUGCUGCUGCUGCUGCUAUCUUAGCUUGAAGGAAGAGAUGCUAUUUUUCUACUGAAAUAGAACCGCUACAUAUGU